AUGGUUGUUGAACUGAGUAUGUGGGGGCUGUUUAUGGGUGGUGAUGAUGGUUCGAUUGGGUCUCUGGCGGCUGGUUAUGGGUUUGAUGGUGGUGGUCUGACAGAGAUGGCGAAGAGAGAUGGUUCUGGGUUCUGCGGGUGGCUGUGGUGGCGAAGAGAGAUGGGUCUGUGUGUGGCUUGCGGGUGGUGGUCAUGA